AAGAUAGUCUUCCAGGUGCGCGCAGCAACCUACAGCGUUGUGCGUGAGAACCGGUGGAAACACGUAACUGCACGUAGCAUGAUCGCACGUAAGCAGGUGUGCGCAGGUGCGCACAGGUAUACACGUACCGCGCGAAUCCGCGCCCGUGCGUCAAAGCACUCCGAUACACACGAAGACGUAAACGAACGAGGACAUGUACCCUGACUCGUGGUCAUGAGAUACUCUAGCGGUCAGCAGAAAUGAGUUCACCCACAACAGCGGCGACCCCUGAGUCGAGCGUCGCUGCCAAGACCAACGAUUGGGUUAGAUUUGAGGAAGAAAGUCCUCCGACGUCUCCUUCGCGAAAUCCAGAAGGUUCCUCUGAAAUAGAUGGAACGCAAAGGAGCGCUCCCGCUAUAAUUCAGCCAGAGUCAGUUACCGUUAAUGUAGAUAAAAUCACCAAGGUUGUCGAAAAGUCAGACAGUAAACAUAAGAAGAGUAACGAGUAUGAUAGCGCUGCCACUGAAUCCGUUCGAGUUGACCUGGACAAAGCAGUUUUAAAUCGGUCGACUCUAAACGACAGUCCAGAUUCUACUUUUCCUCCCGAUCGUACAAUUUCAAAUCCAAAGAGUGCCUCUCUGAAAACAGUGGACCUUGGGGAUGGAUCCAAUGGAAGAAUGGCAAUGACAAAUAUUAUCGAGACCCCAAUUGGAAAUAUUAGACGAGGUUUUGCUAAUGGGGAUACUAUUGUCACUUUAUUGCCAGUUAAUACGAGGUGGCCAUGGAUCACGCCUGCGAAAUUCAGACCAGAACUGGUUCCAGAAGAGCUCAUGGCCCAAGGCCUAACCCUGACCGUGGAAGAUUAUGUACACAUAAUGGAAUUGUUGGUGAACGAUGUGCGCUUCAACAUGUACAAUGUUUGCUACAAGCGGAUUCUUGUUCUAUGGAUAUUUACGGCUUUUGUCGUACUACUAGGUUUAUUGUUCUCGGGGGUGACAGGCCUUACACUUUUUGGCCUUGGCAUAAUGUGGCUCGUUCUGAAUGCUGCCGCAAUAUUUUUGUGUAUGUUCGUCAAGAUCAAGCUGAAUCGCAAUCUUGAGAAGUGUAUGGCACAAGUCAAUAAGCAUUUACUUCGGCAUAAAAUCUUGCUGGGUCUGGACGACAGAGGAAAAAUUUCCUGUCACAAAGUGAACCUAUGCUUUAUUUACUUUGACACUACCGAUUGCAUCAAAAAGUUACAAGAAGUAAUCGAACGAGAGGAACGGGAGGGUAGAAUAAUUGGUGACGAAACUUCCGAAACACGGCGCAAGCGGGAACUGCACCAGCGGAUGGACAUUGACGACAGCGAUAUCGUUAUACAGGGUAGUACGACUACGCGUUUGUCUCGCAAACAGGAGCGGGCGGAGCUGCUGUUGCUGAGGUACGUCUCCCGCUGGGCGCGACACUUGGUUCGUCGCAGGCUCGACCUGGUCGUAGACUCUCGGGACCGUGGUAGAAACGCCGGCGCCAUGGGACUCUCGCCGCGACACUGUGUCUCCGCCCGCUGCCCUUGCCAAUUUAUCGAGGACCAUCUUCGAUAUAAGCCCAGAGGGUACCCACCUGGCUUCACCUGGUGCGCUUAUCUUAGCGAUCCAGCUGUUCGAUCGGAUGACAUUGUUCCUUUUCGCACCUCUUCGUUGUAACACUCUUAAAUGAGAAGUAAUACCAUAGAAUAGGAAUAUUGACGCACACAAAAUUCCUUCUUCGAGAAGAGAUAUACCCACUGAGCACUCGGGAUUCUAAUGUCACAUUAGUAUUUGAUUUAAUGCAAGCAUGUUCAUUUUUGUUUAUCAAGCUACUACGAAUGAUCGAGAUCAUUUAUCCGUCCUUGUUGCUUUAGACAAAAUUUACUUCGUUAAGACGUAUACAAUCUUUUGAAACAUAUUUAAUUACGAUAUAGAACUCUCUAGAAAUAUUAGAAAUGCGAGCCUAAAAUCUUGUAUAAGUAUAACGCAUUUGCGUUGUGUACAAAAUAUUAUUGCGUACAAAUUUUGUAAAACGGAGUCAAGCAUGUAUCUUAGAAAUGAUCAUUACGAUCGUUAGAAUUGGCAGAGUUAUUUAGACCUGUUUAAAGCACAGCACUAUAUCCAUGACGUCCUGUGUUUCUUGAUUAGGAACACAAUCCUUUGAAUGGGGUAAAAAGACCGUCCUCAACGAGAAGAGAGGAGUUAAUAUUUUGAAAGUAUAUUACUUGUUAAGGACUGUACAUGCAUGGAUACGUAUAUGUCAACUAAUUGGAAUUUAUAAUAAUGCAUUCCAAGAAUCGUGCAUAUCAGCAUUUUAUAAUAGAUAUAUGUGACGUUUCUUUUAUGUGUACAAAUGCUUACGACGGAUUUUAUGGUAUCUUUAAAAGAAGACUACCAGUCCUAUACUUUUACAAGUUGUACAAAAUGAAAUGUGCCUUUAAUGCAGAAUAGACGUAUAUUACUAUACUUACUAGAAAAAUAUAAUUGAUCUACCUUUACACUUUUACCGAUACUUUUAUAGUUCCAUCCUUUUUCCAUUUUGUCCCCAUAAAUUAACAACCAAUUUACUAGCUACUACAAGACAGAAUAAACCGAAACAUCAACUAUGAAAUUUGUUUGAUAUUUAAGAUUAUAUAUAAUAUAUAACAUAUUGGUUUAAAACUAUGUCUUUUCUCUCAGGGUAUAUACACAAACAUUAACCAUCGUCUUAGACUUAAUAAAAAAAAAUGUAGGCACGUGUUACCUGUUGUGGAACCUAAUAAACCGAAUACAUGAAAAAA